AUGGUGCACACAAAGCCCGAGGGCCAUGAACCCGAUGGUCAGCCACUACAAGCAAUAAAAUAUCCAUGUCCUGUAUGCAAGGGUCAGAAGUUCAAGUCGGAGCAAGGUUUUAGUGACCAUCUACGAUGGGUGCACAAGAUAUUUUCAUGCCCGAAAUGCGACGCGAUAUACGCAUCUGCAGAUGACUUAGCUCGGCACAAAACUGAAGCGAGACACAGGGCAGAGUACAACAACAAACGCAAACCGAGGCACAGACCCUUCAAUCAGAGAGGCAAGAUCAGACCGGCUUCCCGAAUUGCUUCCUCGCCCGCAAUAACAAAUUCAUCCUCGACACAGGUGCCGGUGCGUCUCCGUCCACCACCAGCCAGGCCCCGUCGAUCAACUGCCCAAGCUCGUCAACCAGCUACAGAGACCCGUAAAUUACCUGCACAGAUACGUCAAUCACCCAAGCAGGUCCGUCACUCAACCAUGCAGGGCCAUCAACCAGCUGAGCAGUUCCGUCAACAACGCGGUCACGUCUUUCAACCACGCGCUCAAGCCUUUCAACCAGGUAAUCAAGUCUAUCAACCACCAGUGGGGCUCCCCCAAGGCCCGACAGAGCCCUAUCAAGCACCUACUCAAGGUUUUCAAGUACCUGCUCAAGCCUUUCAACCACCUGCUCAAGGCUUUCAAACACCCAUUCAAGGCUUUCUACCACCAGUGGAGGUCCUUCAAUUCCCGAUGGGGUUCCAUCAAGCACCUACUCAGGCCGUUGAACCACCCACUCGAAUCGUUAAACUCCCAGUCGACGUGUGUGAAGCAGCUGUGCGUCAAGCAGCCUAUCAGUCAUAUCAGAGACCGACUCCGGUCUAUCAGACACCUCAAAUCCAUAACGCACCCCCUUGGGGCUAUCAAAACCAGGUUGAUGUGUAUCAAGGAGCCUCUCCAGUCUGUCAGACGCCCCCUCCGGUCUAUCAGAUGCCCGCUCAGAUUUAUCAAAUACCCGCUCGGCGCAAUAAGAACCAGGUGCAAGCCUAUCAGCCCCGGGUUCAGGUCUCCCAGUUCCCAGAGUAUUCUCAAUCCCCAAAAUAUGGCUCUCAGUCCCUCCAACAGGGUUAUCAGUCCCCAGUCCAGAGAUCUCAGCAUGCCAAGAAACUCUUCCAACAACCCGAGCAGGUCUUUCAGCCCCCGGUGCAGGGCUCUCCGUCCCUAAACCCCUCUCAUCCACUGCAAAUCUCUAAACAAGUGGAGCAAGUCUCUCGGUCCCUAGAAAACUCUCAGUUCUCAGAACAAGACUCUCAACACGCAGAACAAGUCUCUCAAUACCUGUCGCAUGGCUCUAAGUCCCCCGAACAGGGCUCUCGGUCCCUGGAACACUCUCAAUUCACAGCCCAGGGCUCUCAAAACGCCGAGAAGGUCACUCAGUCCCUGCAACAGGGCUCUCAGUCCCCAGUGCAGCACUGUCAACAGGCAGAGGAGGUCUCUCAGUCCCGACUUCUGAUAUCCGAACAAACAGAGCAAGCUUCCCAAUCAUCAAUGCAUCUUUCCGCGCAGGAUGGCACGACAGCCGAAGCAAACGGCUCAGACGAAGCAACACCAGGCACCCCAGAAACAAACACCACGACUCCCUCCCUUUUCAACCCCCCAACAACAACCAACCCAACCUUCUCGCUGGUCUACAAACAAAUGAAACACCGCUGGACCGACCUCGAACCACUGGAACAAACCCUAAUCCUCCGCUACCUGCUGGGACGAUGUCACUCCCAACCGCGGCUCCAUUGCCAAGGGUACAACGCACCAAAGACCAUCGACACAACAGCCUGCCUGAAACGGGGCGAACCACACAAGGCCCACGAUUUCAACCGCUGCUCAACCCGCCGAAAAGCAAUCGUGAUAGACUGCGAAAUGAUCGAAACAACAGUCUGCACCAGCGAGCUGGCCUACAUAACCGCAAUCGACUUCCUGUCCGGCGAAGUCCUGAUCAACAGCUACGUAGCCCCAACAGCACCAGUGACGAACUGGUUAACACCCGUCAGCGGAAUGACGCCAGAAGGAAUGGACGCCGCUAUCACAGAAGGCAAAGCCUUCCAGUCGAAUUCGGAUGCGCGUCGCGCGCUGCGGAAGUUCCUCGAUCAUGAUACUGUUCUCAUUGGACAUGCGCUUCAUCAUGAUCUGCGGACUUUGAGUUUGAUCCAUGGAAGAAUUGUGGAUACAUCGCUGCUUACUGCUGAGGCUGCUUUUCCCAAUUUGGCGUCGAGGACGACGUUUCCGCGGGUUUGGGGGUUGAAGGCUCUUGCGAAGGAGAUGUUGGGGAUUGAGAUUCAGGCUAGUCGGUCGGGACAUAAUUCGCUUGAGGAUGCUCUGGCCACGAGGGAGAUUUUGAUCUGGUGUUUGCGGGGUCCCGAGUGUCUCAAGGCUUGGGCGGAGAAAGCGAGGAGUUCGUAUGAGCAUAUGCGGCAGCAGAGGGGGGAGCAGAUGAAGGCUGCCAGGAAUGCGGGGAAGAAAGCUGGUGUUACUGUUGCUGCACCCUCGGGCAAGGUCCAGGGUAAGAAGCGUGGUUGCGAACUGAGAGGUCUUUGA